UAAUGGAUUAGACUUUUGAUACUCACACCUUCGACUACUCAUCUCACCACGCCAACCUAACUCUCCUAAUCCUCGCCGGACCGAUCUCCGUCCUUGCUUUUUUAUUUAUUUAUUUUAUUUUCUUAUCCAAGGCUUUGCUUGGACCUUUAAUAAGUCGCGCUCCACCGUCUAGGGUUUACUGUUCCAGCUCAAAAUUCCAAGGUUAGAAAUCCUGUAGUGCGUGGAAUUGGUUUGAGAUCAACGUGGGUUAUGGUAGUGGCACCCUGAGUUGAGUUGCACACUCUUAUAUUCACAUAUAAGAGUACAUGUUCACAUGGUUCCUUUAGGAGAAAGUGUUGCUGAUGAAGCUCCGGACAAGCAGCAAGAGACAGAGAGACUUAAUACUGGAAAUCAUGUGUCACGAGAGAUCUCUGGCACUGAUGUUUGCACACCACAAUCAGAUAAAAGAGGAAAAUUAACAUGUAUAAAAUCUGAAAAAGCGGAAUCAGUGCGAGGUUCUGCGCUUGAUGCAUUCAAUUUAAAUCAACUUGAAAAAUCUUCCCCCAAAAUACCUAUGAAAGCAUCAAAAGGCCCCGAAACUGGAGUGCGGACCUCACAAUCUGGUCAGGAAGGAAGCACUCCAUCAAUAGUUCGUGAGAAAGUCUCUGAGGAUGGAUAUAACUGGAGAAAAUAUGGCCAGAAGCUCGUGAAGGGAAAUGAAUAUGUGCGAAGUUACUACAGAUGUACCCACCCCAACUGCCUGGUCAAAAAGCAAUUGGAAUGUUCACAUGAAGGGAAGAUUGUAGAUAUUGUUUACUUUGGUCAGCACGAUCAUCCAAAACUUCAGCAUAACAUCCCAGUGGCAGUUGGUUUUGUUCUGUCCAUUGUUGAAGAGAAACAAAGAAGGGUCGCCUCAUUAACCCCUGCUGAAGGAACAUCGGUGGAUGAGCAUAGGAAGCCACCCACUCAAAAUGACCAUGUAGAUACACCUCUGACUCCAAAAAUUGCAGCUAUGCCUUCUAAUGAUAGUUCAAAGUCUACACUUUCUCAAUCAAAUAAGAUAAAGGAUGAUAGCGACGAUGAUCCAGAUUUCAAGCGACAAAAGAAAGACAAACAUAAUAUCAAAACAACCACAGAAGAUAAACCAACCUCAACCAGCGGACCACGAGUUGUUGUUCAGACUCUAAGUGAGGUUGAUAUUGUGAAUGAUGGGUUUAGAUGGCGUAAAUAUGGACAGAAAAUGGUGAAAGGAAAUCUGAAUCCAAGGAGUUACUAUAGAUGCUCAAAUUCCGGAUGCCCUGUUAAGAAACAUGUGGAAAGGGCAUCUCAUGACACAAAAGUAGUGAUGGCCACAUAUGAAGGACAACACAAUCAUGAUAUGCCACCCGGAAGGACUGUCACCCAUAAUGUAUCUGAAUCAAGUGCACCUGCAACUGCUGAUCAAGUUGACAAUGCCGCCAAGUCAGAUGGCAAAAUUGCCUCCCUUGAUAUGGUUGUUAAUGCUAUAUUGGAACAUCCAAGUAAACCACCCAAAGAACAACCGAAUGGUGAGUUAAGAACUGGAUCAUCACCAAACAACAUGACUGACUCCAAUAUGGCCGUAGAAUCUUGCCUGACCCCCGAUGGUAAACCAGAUAAGCUUGAAAAUGGAAAGUCAGUUGCCAAAGAAGAAAGGGAUCCCUUUCAAAAUGUUGCUGUUGAAUCGGGCAAUGGCAAUAAUAAUUUGAGGCUUACAAGUUGGAAAAAGAGCAAGCGAAAUGGGGAGUCAAGUACUGUAAAGUCAGAACCUUCCCAGGUUGUUGAUAAUAAAUCUGGGUCAUGAGUCUUAUACAAGUGGGCCACAUAAGCCAGACUGCAGAAACCAUCAACAACUGAGUGCGUGAUAAACCAAUCAAGUUACUGUAAUUUACAUGGAGACCUUAAAUGAUGUAAUAUGUCGGGUUAUGCAUGUUGGUAUUGGGUGUUUCGUCAUUUCUUUCCCUCGUCUACGCAUCCUAGUGAGGCCUCUGCCUUGGGUGUGUGGGUGUGGGGAAGUAGCUAGUAUGUUGAAAAAGCAUAUAUAGGAAAUAUAUUGCUGUGUGUAGAUUUAGAUUAUUUAUGUAACUGGAAUAAAAUAUUAACAUUUUAGAUUGUAUAAGGCAUAUAAUUUAAUUUAUGGACUACAUAGUCCUUUCCUAAUCUA